UUGUGUUGAUGUCUCCACCUGUAGGAGCAGCCUCCCUCAAAGCUUUUAUUUAUCCUCCUUUACACAAGGCUGCGUGAAGCAGAACUACACCGGAGAUGGAGUUGUCUUCUCUUAUAAAGAAAAUCGGUCACUCACUGGUGGAGAUAAGAGUGCGAGCAUUGAAAAGCAUCUUAUGUAAACUGGACCAUUCCCUUAUCUCUGUAACUGACAUCGUCCAAGAGAAGAUGCUGUUUGUUUAUCUCCUGGAGUGGUUUAAUUUCCCCGAGGUGCCCAUGCAGGAGGAAGUGCUGGGACUGCUCUUAACUCUAUCUAAACAUCCAAGUGCAGCCCAGAUGCUGAGAGAUGUUGGGGCGGUUGACUUUCUCACUCAACUAUCUCCUAAUGUGGAGCCCAGACUGCGAGCUGUCAUUGAUGGAACCCUGGACCAGCUGUUCCAGCUUCCUGAGCUACUCCCCAGUCAUUCAGCUGUCUACUCGCAUGGACCACAUUGUACAACUCCAACAGUUGGUCCACUAGAACAAAGUUUGCCUAAAUUGGGUUAUUUCCACAAGAGCAUGCCCAGCAGCACAGACGUACCACCUCAGAGGAUAGCAGUAAAUGAAUCUGUGCGAUGUCUGAAGUUUUCUGUAUUUCCCUGGCUGACUUUGACAAGCACCGACAGGCACAUACUUUCUUCAAAUGAAAGCUCUCUUGGGAGCACGAAUCCCAACCUGGUGCGAACAACAUGUGAGCUUCUAUGUGAUGUCAUCAUGCAGGACUUUCCAGCAGAGAUCUUCCUACAAAGGCCCGGUAUUGUAAAGAACCUUCUGUCUCUGCUGCGGCUGAGUUCAGGUAAAGGUGAGGCGAGCUUCCUCUACUCGUCUGCUCUUUCCUGCCUGCGGCAGCUUUGUGUGGGGCUGAGGCGGAGACUGCGCUUUCAUCGAGAUCCAGGCUUCUACUCUGCAAAGCAAGAUGCGGUGUCGCAGAACUCAUCCUUCUCUCACAACCAGGACGUUCUGGGGACCCAGCGAUCGCAGGCCUCCUCUCCCGGGACAGAGUGCUCGCCUCGGCCUUCUGUGGUGGGGCGUACAGCUCUCAGAGCUAGGGGGGACGGCCAAGACGGGGAUGCAGCCUCAAACAGUGGAAGCUCACAAAGAAGUGGAGCAGCAGUCCAGCCUCCCGGGCAAACCCUCCAGUCACCUGCGGAUGUAGCUCACCUGGAGCUUCCUGACCUGGGCGUAGAGGACAUCCUGGAGCUGCAGUUACAGCAGCUCACUGUGGCUCAGUUCGCUGUUGGCACGAUGCAGCAUGCCAUCCCACUGCUGAGGACAGAAGGUUUGCACGUGUACCACCGAGUUCUGGAGCUGCUGUGUGAUGCCGUCCUCCUGCUCGGGGACAGUGUUUGCGAGCUGGUCUGGGACGAUCGCAGCCUGGUGGGGAUGGAGCUGAAGGAAAAGCUGCAAACCUGCAUGGAGCUACUGGGUGAUAUUCUCAGCUAUCACGCCAGCUAUUCACCAGACAUUCCCAGCAGCUCUCAGGUUAACCACAGACUGGCCUACAUAGGAACUGCCAUAUUUACCAUUAGACUCUUGCAGACAAUCCUCCCUCCUGAAAAGGCUAGUGACAAUCUCCCAGAAAGCACAGCAACUGCAAUUUUCCACUUAUGCCUGGACACAUCAUUAAAAAGUUUAAUACCCAGCACGCAAGAGACAGCGGUGGCUUACCUGGAGCAGGUGAACACAGACAGCCACGAUCUCUACAGGAGGGUUAACAGAGCUGGUCUUUGGAUGGAAUCAACGUGCAGCUUCCUCAAGGAAGUACAGGCUGAGGGAGACAAGAACUGGUUGGAGUUAUUAGAACUUGCAGACCAAGCUGCAGACGGACUUCCUUUUCACCAGCACUUGCCCAUCAUCAAAGAAUGCGUUCGCAUGUGUUCUUACCUAUGGAAGUUUGAUCAACCCAGCCCCCUCCUCCAGACUGAGAGCCAGAAACUCUUCCUGAAGCUGCUGUCUCAUCCUUCACUGCCUGUCAAGCUGGAAACAUAUGAAUGCACUUUAAACCUGGUCAAGGACUGCCUUGGCAUCCAGAAUGUGUCACGUCAAGAAGCGGCAGCGUGCGCCGGCGUUAACUUUCUCCUCCACCACAGGGUGCUCUAUGAAAUAAGCACUUUUGGACUCCAGGACUCUACAGGAAAGGUGAACGCUGCUGCCAAGGAUAUCCUUCUAUUCCUGCUCAAGGGACGAUUGAUGAUGACAGCGUCAACCUGGGACAGAUUCAAUGAGGCCCUUUACCCCGUCAUACCCAUCUUACAGGGUUACGCCAGCACUGAAGAGUCAUUUGGAAACUGUGUCCUGCUGAUAAGUGACACGUCGGAUGUAGCUGAGGCAAGAGACGCCGUGUUCCCGAACACAGCUAAGCUAAAAUCAGCACUCCGACUCCUUUUCACUAAACAGCCCACUGUAAGAAUAACAGCAGUGCAACAGAUUCUGCCUCACCUCAACCGGGGUGAAGAUGCAAACACCAGCAGACCAAAUGUGGAUCAGUCAGUGAUUUCUUCCCUCCCCAACCUGUUCUGCUUAAGAGACCCUGUAGACGUCAAGCUUGACAGCAGCAACAAGUCGGUGUUAAAGGUGGAGUCAGUGGAGAAGCUUUUUGGUAUCCUGGACUCAGACACUGUUGACAUCUCCCUCAGAAGAUCGGCUGCAGAACAGCUGUCGGUUGUGCUGCAAGAUAUGACAAUGCACCCAGUGCUGAAGAAUCUUGGCAUAACAAAUAAAGUAGUUUCUUUUAUUACAGAGAGUGUAAAUGGCAACAAGAGCUUGGAUUGUCUGCUGGAGCCGUGCAUGUGCAUCUUAAGAAAGCUGGUGUACGCUGAUCCGUCUCUGAGGCACAGCCUGGCGCAGCACAACCUCCUGCUCCUCACGCUGCUCAGGGCAUCAUUGAUAGUGAAGGAGAAUAAAGGCAGUGGAUGCGAGGUUGCUGUCCUGAUGGGUCUACUGCUGUUUGACGAAAUUGCCAGCAUUCAAACAUGGUUUGACAAAUCAAACACGGAUACGGCCCUCUCUCCAUUUUCCCUCCCGCUGACGGCAGUACAGAGGUACAACUUUCCCUUUCAGGCAGCGACUCAUCACGCUGUGAGCCCGUACCGCUGCCUCCUGGCCCCUUCGGAUGACCUCUUAACCCUCAGUCCCACCCGCCAAGCCCUGCAGGUGGCCUGGAACACCGCUUGGCAUUCUGGGAUAGACAAUCUCCUGGAGAAGCUCCACGGAGUUGCUAAUGAUGAUGCUGAAUUCCAUCCUGACUUAAAGCUAUCAGAAGCACAGCUUCUGUCAUUGCAAACAGUGCACCUCCCAUCUGCACUGCAAGACUGCAUCCGGGCCAUCGUAACCGCAGCAGGGCACAAAUGUGUGGCCUCUGCCCUCUCCAGACUCAGCCUCUUCUUGCUGAUCGACAGACUGGCUCUCCCACAUGUUCCCACUUACAGCUGCAGAGAAACCCUCCGCUCCCUCAGCUGGCACGCAGCAUUGACAAGGUUUUUCCAGGUGCGGCCAGCCUGUGUUGAGGAUGAAAGGCUGCUGGUGGGAAUUGUGACAUUUUUGAAUGCCUACUUCAAACAGGUUCACACAGAGUGUGUGUCUGAUGGAGAGGACAGGGACCUACGCUGGAUACUGGAGCUGCUUCUCAACCAGGAGACUGCGGUUCUCCUUCAUUUGCUGCUUGGUGUGGAGACCCAGAUGCCAAGCCAGAACCCGGGGCAGCAGGACGAACUGAAGAACCAUGUCAGUCAGAGGCUGCAGAGAGAACUGAGCAGCUUCUUUAACACCCUACUGCUCCGGCUGUCUCACACCACCGACAGGCUGUGUUUGGCCUUAGCCGGACCCUUCAAGAGCCAGCUGGCAGAGCGUUUGCUUCAGAGCCUGCGGGUUUCUGAUGCGCCACGUUUCUAUGGCCUUCCCAGCCUGGAGAGGACCCUGCAGGGCAUGGUCACCCUGACGGGCCAGCCUGGCUGGAGCUCCCACUGCCCUGAUCUGCAGCCCAGCUCGCUCUGCUCCAAGUAUCUCGCUGGAUUAUUGGAGGUGAUCUCCUCCUUUUAUGUCGAGUGGGGAGGUAACUCGCUGUCUUUCAUGGGGAAAGGUGUGACCAAGAAUGCUGUCAUCUGCUUGCUUCAUCUGUCCCAUGAAAUUAUGGCGGAAAACAAGGACAAGGACUUGAUUUCCCAGUGGUCUUUGGGAAAUGAGGGAACUACUGAGGAUGCUAAUGCCUCUCAGCUGGGUUUGGCCUGGCUCAUCCCACUGUGGGUGGACCGAGAUCAAGAGGUGAGGUUUGCCAGUUUGGGUUUAGGUGCAGCUCUGACCUCAAUCCCCAGCGGGUGCCAGGCGCUUUGUGCCAGCUGUCAGAACAUCAGCGGAGGUCUGUGGGGCACGUUGCUCAACAUCCUCCUGGAUCAGCAGGAGACCAGCGUGGUCCGCAGAGAGGCUGCAUUUAUCUUGCAGAACUUGCUGGUGAUGCCCAUGCCUGCCAACGCGGAGGAGGCUAAGGACUCCCACUGGCAGCACCCUUGUGUCCACGAUGAGGUCACCGGUGUGUCUUUAGUGGGUCUCCCAGCCCUACAGGCCCUGCUCUACCACUGUCAAUAUUUCCAAAAUGUGGCCUUUUCUGCCUCCAUUUGUUACCGUGGCAGGUACACCUUCCACCUCCAUCCUCGUACUACAAGUGGACACAGUUUGCACGAAAGUACUUCAGGGGAUUCAGAGAGUUCUCUGAUGUUUUGGAGAUACGAGCCACCACCACCACCCACCAUUGACUCUAACCGACCUUCAAGCUCCCUCUCUACCUCAAGCACCACGAUAGGAGGUUCAAGGCCACACACCCCCGAGGCUCCGUCCCCACUGAGCAUCGCAGAGAACACUCCUGCCAGCAGACUGGUGGCUCAAGGCCAGAGUGAUACAGACACAAGCAACUCGGUUAGCUCUCAGGACUCCCAACAGGCCGAGCCAUCAGCUGUGGAAUCCGUUGUCAUGGUAACUCCUGACCUUCUUACAGCCCACUGCGGGCUGCUAACCAACCUGCUGGCCAUCCUGCCAGAUUACACCCUCAUUGCCAUCCGACACAACCAGCUCCUCCAGGUCCUGGCCAGCCUAGUAGAUAUUCAGCCCAUUGAGAAAUGUCUGACUGAGCUGAAGACGCCAAACAUCCUUCCUGGAGAGAGAGAAGACGUCAAGAGUCAGCUUGUCACUGGAGUUCAGUUCUUGUCCAGUUUUUCCAAACUGCUCCAGUCAUGCAUUGUGGUGAGCAGGGAACUGAUUGGCCAGAUGGACUUCCUGAAGCAGCUGGUGUCAACUCUGGUGGCUCUACUCAUGCUGGAUCCUAAAGGAAUAGAUGCAGGUACCCGGAAUGUGGUUUGUGUGUGUUGGACGGACGUGUUUAUGCUCCUGGCUACUCUGGUGAAGAGGGACAGCUUAGCAGAACACCCAUCUGUCAUUGCUGCGCUGGGGAAACGCUGGCGGAUAUUUGCAGGAACGUUAUCAGAGUGUUUGGAUGAGACAUUUGCAGACUCCUCUCUCCACACAGCAACUCUGCAGUUUCUCUCUGCAAUUUUCACAGAGGAAACAAAGUGUCGCAGCGAGGAGCUCAUAAGCUCAAACUCUAAACACAGCACGGGCCUGUCGGACAUCCUAAACGGUCCCUCGGCGAGUCAGCUGUGUGAACUCUUGCUGCAGAGCUUUGAGAGGAGGUCCCUUCAGGACCCUUUAAAGAAACUGACCGCAAGAGCUCUGAUGGCUUUGCUGGCAUGCAGUCCCACGGCUCAGAACUACGCAGCCAAAGCUGGUUUAAUUGACAGCUGUGUGGAGCAGCUGAAGCAGACUCACUCUCAACUCCAGCUGGAGUCGGUCCGAGCCGGCAAGGCAUCUCACCGCAAGAAGGAAGCAGGCUAUUUAAAAGAAGUCAAGCUGACUGUGGAGAUCCUGCGGAGUACUCUUUACUGCAACGAUGAAUGCAAAGUGGUUGCCACGGAUGCUCGUCUAACAUCGGCAAUCAAUGCUCUUUGGCCUUGGCUCUUAUCGGACGACCCCACCAUGGAAGCGGUGCUCGAGGCUCUGUGCGUCUAUACAGCCAACUGCACAACAGCGUGCAGUUCUGUGUGUGGGACUAUCCCCGGUGUGGUGUCGGGAUCUAAGGGCUCCUCCAGCAGCUCUCUGAUGCAGUGCGUCAUGAAGCUGAGCUCGCUGGCCUCGGACAACAGCCCCGUCCAGAGUCUCGCGUUCUCUCUCUUGACAAACCUGGCUGUGUCACGGGACUGCAGAUGCGUCCUGCAAAAGAAUAAUUUCCUUCAAGCUUUCCUGUCGGUGCCGGGACCCAGGGGUGCUGGAGUAAAGGCCACAUCAGUCAGCGCUGCUGGGAGCCCCCUGGCUCUGUGGCUGCGGCUGCUACUCAGCGUCUCAUCCACAGAAGACGGCCAGCAGAGUAUCCUUAAGGUGGCCGGAGCCCUGGAGCUGCUGGCAGACCUGGCGCCGCAUCGGCGACACGCGCUGCUCGCUCUUCACAACCUCUGCUUCUGCUCUGCCAGCAAGUCACACGUCAUCACCAACGACAAAGCAGUGAAAGUUUUACUUUCCUGUCUGGAAAGUACAGAGGUGGAAAGCCGCUGCAUCGGAGCAUCUGGACUGUGGGCGUUGCUCUGCAACAAUCAGAGGGCCAAGACUUCACUCAAGAGUCCCUCUGUUCAGUUGAAAAUUGAGGAGGCACACAACCUCUCAAAGAAAGAUGCAGAGAACAAGCAGGAACCCAUGACUAGCCACCUGCUCAAGUGUUUAGAAAACCUCUCCCAGCUGCUAAAAAGCUGAAUGUUGUUUUAUAUAUUUUUGGAUCAUGUUUUUUAUGUCUCAAAUCUGAU